UUUUAAAUUGCUCUGAUUAACAAAAAUAUAAACAACCUACAAAAUAUGUUUGUCAAAAUGUAAAUCACAAAAUACCCAUUUUUGAAGUUUGCAGGACUGCCAACUAUUAAAUAAUGAAAUAUUAAUAUAUUGAAGAAGAAUUAUAAAUAAAUGACGUAGCUAAAUGCUAAAUAGUGGAUGCUCUUCCAGAGGGAAGAAGCAGGAGGAAGAAAAAAAAUAAAUAAAUGUAAAAAUGUGUACAUUGUAUACAUAAACACUUUGAUUAUAAUUUUUCAAACAAAAUGUUUGUUGAUUCAUAGUUUUCGUGUAUACUUUCCGCCAUAUUUUAUUCCUGAAUAAGUUUAAUGUAAUGUUAUUCAGUUAUCAUUACUAGCCAUUAUUAAAGUUUCAGGUUAUGUUGAGAAGAUAAUAUAGUGUAAAUUAUUGUAAAAAAUGGCGAAAAGCAAGUUACUACGUGUAACACAAAUUAAUGCUGUUUAUUUUGAUAAGGAAGUCUUUAAGGAAUUUAAACACCAUCUUGAGGAAUGUUUGAAAUAUUUACCUGUCGACGUUACUUCAAAAUUUGAACCGGAAUUAAACUUCCUGCUACGAAUAGGAAUUCUAAGUUAUUCAAUCCUUAAUCAUAAUUGCAGUUUUGGACAAAAGUUACUUUCAAUCAAAUAUGAUAACCUAUCGUCAACGAAAAAAUAUUUUUUCGUAUUUGCUAAUGUGUACAAUUACAUGAAAGAAAAAAUGGAAUCAUCGACGCCUUCCCAUUUUAUUAAUACAUAUUUCCACAAAAUUGAUGUAUGUAUCCAAUUACUAAGAUUGAUCAACAUUUCCUUAUUUCUGAGGGGCGGAGAAAAGCCGCAACUGAUUGAACGAUUCCUUUGUCUAAACCAAGAUUUUAGCAAAAAUAACGUCCAACGUCAUUAUGAAGAUAAAUAUAUGACAAGAGAAUUAAUUUGGAAUGGAUUUAUUGAAAUUUUGGUGUAUUUGCUGCCAUUGAUUAAUUAUCAGAAAAUGACAAGAAUGAUGAGACAUUGGAACCCUGUACAUAAGAAGCCUAAAGUGGCAAAUGUGCACAGAAAGUUGACAUUGGAAACGAAGUGUGCAGUUUGCGGACAAUUUCCUAUUCAUCCUUCCCACAUGGGCUGCUGUCAUAUAUUCUGUUAUUUCUGUUUGAAGGGAAAUCAAAUGGCGGAUGUGAAAUAUGAAUGUCCUACAUGCGAAUUUUCUACAUUAAAUCCAAUUUGUCAUAAAAUGAAUUGUAAAUAAAUUAU